AUGCGCCUAAUCAAGAACAAGAUUGAGCACAAUGGCUCGGGGACAGUCACCCUAUGCCCUGAAGAGCCCGAGGACAUGUGGCACGCAUACAACUUGAUCCGCCCCGGUGAUCUCCUCCGCUCCAGCGCAAUCCGACGCGUCACAACAGUCCAAGACACAGGCUCUACAUCCUCCGCCCGAGUCCAUUUGAACCUCUUGAUCAAAGUGAAGAACCUCGACUUCGACCCGCACAGCUCGCAGCUGCACGUAUCCGGUCAAAUUAUGAAUGAGACCGCGCACACCAAAAUAGGACAAUUCCACACGCUCGACCUAGAGAUGAACCGCAACUUUACUCUAGAGAAGGAGGUCGGUGCUGACGGGGAGGGCGUUGGAUGGGAUAGUGUUGCGGUGGAGCAGCUGAAAGAUGCGGUGGAUGAGGGCGGGAAUCGGCGUGCAGAGGCGGUGGCUGUUGUGAUGCAAGAGGGACUGGCACAUAUUUGCUUUAUCGGGCAAUUCCAGACGAUACUGAAGCAGAAGGUAGAGAUGUCGGUGCCGAGGAAGCGGCAGGGUGGUGGGGAUCAUGAUAAGGGCAUGGGCAAGUUUUUCCGUGUGACACUGGAAACUCUUCUACGUCAAAUGGACUUCAACACCAGCAUUACGUCCGGCGCAUACAACGAAGCUGUGCGGCCGGUUCUGCUCGCAUCCCCGGGCUUUGUUGCCGCAGGAUUCCACAAGUACAUCCAGUCCGAAGCAUCUACGACAACACCCGGUCUGAAACGAUUACUCCCAAGUAUCGUAGUCGUGCACUCGGCUUCUGGCUAUCUCAACUCAUUAUCAGAGGUCCUUCAAUCACCUGCCGUCAAGGCCCUCCUAGCAGAUACCAAGUACGCCCGGGAGACGAAACUGAUGGAUGACUUCCUGGACGAGCUGCGGAAAGAGACGAACAAGGCUACCUAUGGUCCUCGCGAGGUAGAAUCGGCAGUCGACCAAGGAGCCGUCGGUCGUGGCGGCGGUGUUUUGAUCAUGUCGAACAGGCUGUUCCGAUCGCAAGACAUUGCCGAGCGAAAGCGAUGGGUUGCUUUGGUUGACCGCGUUCGGGACGUCGAGGGUGGCGAGGUGCGAGUUCUUAGCUCGGAUCAUGAAAGUGGGAAGCGCCUCGAGGGCCUUGGAGGCAUUGCGGCGCUUUUGACGUUCCCCGUUGUUGAGGAAGAGCCGGAUUCCGAGGAUGAUUCUGCCGAUGCUGAUUGA